AAGUACGUGGGAGAGUACUUCGCGAGCGAGAGGAGCGGCUUCGGGAAGUUUGAAUACAAUGAUGGGAACGUCUACAUUGGUAUGUGGGUGAAAGAUCAGAAGCAUGGUUUCGGUCGCCUGCAGUGGUCCAACGGCAACGUGUUCUCAGGGGAAUGGCAAGCAGACGAGAUGACCGGCUAUGGUGUGUUUGCAUACGCCAACAAGAACGAGUAUAAGGCAGGAGAAUGGAUCGACGACAUGCGGAGUGGCAACGGGACUAUGACGCAUCCCAACGGGGACAUCUAUACAGGCGCGUGGCAGAUGGACAUGAGAGAAGGAAGCGGAACCUGCAGACAUGCCAACGGCAAGGGAGACGAAUAUUCCGGUGAAUGGAUGCAGGAUAAGAAGCAUGGGUUCGGCAAGUACAUGUGGGCAGACGGCGACGUCUACGAGGGAGAGUGGAAGGAUGACAUGCGCAACGGGCAUGGCACCUGCUUCUACUCAAACCGUGACGAGUACGUGGGCUCGUGGGUCAACGACCAACGACAUGGCUGGGGUCGACUAGCAUGGGCCGACGGCAACACUUACGAAGGGUUGUGGAAGAAUGACAACAUC